ACAGAUUCACAGAAAUUUUAAUCAAAAGAAAGACUAGAGGAACACAUUUUAGCGUCGGUGUUCCACUUCUAUGCUAAUGACUUUUGCUGCUGAUUAUGAGCAUCUUCUUUUGCAAGGAGUUACAGUUUUGGCGGUUUCCCAGAACCAUGAUUGCUUGAUCUCAUAACCCAGUGAAGACUUCUCUCCUGAUAAUGUCAAGUUCAGGCUACCCUCCAAACCAGGGAGCCUUCAGCACUGACCAGAGUCGCUAUCCUGCCCACUCUGCCCAGUAUACCUUUCCUACCACCCGCCAUCAGCAGGAGUUUGCAGUGCCUGAUUAUCGAUCUUCUCAUCUUGAAGUCAGUCAGGCAUCACAGCUUCUGCAGCAGCAGCAGCAGCAGCAGCAGCAGCAGCAGCUACGGAGGCGACCUUCCUUGCUUUCAGAAUUUCACCCAGGCUCCGACAGGCCUCAGGAAAGGAGAACUGGGUAUGAACAAUUUCAUCCAGGUCCUUCUCAGGUGGACCAUGAUUCCCUGGAAGCUAAGCGACCUCGGCUGGACCAGGUUUCUGACACACAUUUUCAGCGGGUCAGUGCUGCUGUCUUGCCUUUAGUACACACACUGCCAGAGGGGCUGCGGGCAUCUACAGAGGUUAAGAAGGAGCCAGCUUUUGGAAGCAAACAUGAAGCACCAUCCUCUCCUAUUUCCGGCCAGCCCUGUGGAGACGACCAGAAUGCUUCUCCUUCCAAACUUUCCAAGGAAGAGUUAAUCCAGAGCAUGGACCGGGUGGAUCGAGAAAUAGCAAAGGUAGAGCAGCAGAUCCUCAAGCUGAAGAAGAAGCAGCAACAACUUGAAGAAGAAGCUGCUAAGCCUCCAGAGCCAGAGAAGCCUGUGUCCCCUCCUCCUGUGGAGCAGAAACACCGCAGUAUUGUUCAAAUUAUUUAUGAUGAAAAUCGGAAAAAAGCAGAAGAAGCUCAUAAAAUUUUUGAAGGUCUUGGCCCAAAAGUUGAACUGCCACUUUACAACCAGCCGUCUGACACCAAGGUGUACCAUGAAAACAUCAAGACAAACCAGGUGAUGAGGAAAAAACUCAUCUUAUUUUUUAAAAGAAGAAAUCAUGCAAGAAAGCAAAGGGAACAAAAAAUCUGCCAGCGUUAUGAUCAGCUCAUGGAGGCAUGGGAGAAAAAAGUGGACAGAAUAGAGAAUAAUCCCCGGAGGAAAGCUAAAGAGAGUAAAACCCGAGAAUAUUAUGAAAAACAAUUUCCAGAAAUUCGAAAGCAAAGGGAACAACAAGAAAGAUUUCAGAGGGUUGGGCAGAGAGGAGCUGGUCUUUCCGCCACCAUUGCUCGAAGUGAGCAUGAGAUUUCUGAAAUCAUCGAUGGCCUCUCUGAGCAGGAGAACAAUGAAAAACAAAUGCGUCAGCUGUCUGUCAUUCCACCCAUGAUGUUUGAUGCUGAGCAACGAAGGGUGAAGUUUAUCAACAUGAAUGGUCUCAUGGAGGAUCCCAUGAAGGUUUAUAAAGACAGACAGUUCAUGAAUGUUUGGACUGACCAUGAAAAGGAGAUCUUUAAGGAAAAGUUUGUCCAGCAUCCAAAGAACUUUGGCCUUAUUGCUUCCUACUUGGAAAGAAAGAGUGUGCCAGACUGUGUUUUAUAUUAUUAUUUGACCAAGAAAAAUGAGAAUUAUAAAGCCCUAGUAAGGAGGAAUUAUGGGAAACGCAGAGGAAGAAACCAGCAACAAAUCGCCAGGCCUUCACAAGAGGAAAAGGUAGAAGAAAAAGUUGAGGAAGACAAAACUGAAAAGACAGAAAAAAAGGAAGAAGAAAAGAAAGAUGAAGAUGAAAAAGAUGAAAAAGAAGAAUCCAAAGAAAACACCAAAGAGAAAGACAAGACAGAAGGUACAUCAGAAGAAACAGAAGAAAGGGAACAAGCCACACCUCGGGGUCGAAAAACAGCCAACAGUCAAGGUCGCCGUAAGGGUCGCAUCACCAGGUCCAUGACAAAUGAAGCUGCUCAGGCCAGUGCAGCCGCAGCUGCUGCUACUGAAGAGCCACCAACUCCACUGCCGCCGCCGCCUGAACCUGCUUCUGCUGAACCUGUGGAAACUUCACGUUGGACAGAAGAAGAGAUGGAAGUUGCUAAAAAAGGCUUAGUUGAACAUGGUCGGAACUGGGCAGCAAUCGCCAAAAUGGUGGGGACUAAAAGUGAAGCCCAGUGUAAAAACUUUUACUUCAACUACAAAAGGCGUCAUAAUCUGGACAACCUCCUGCAGCAGCACAAGCAGAAGUCUUCACGAAGGCCCCGGGAGGAGCGAGACGUGUCCCAGUGUGAAAGCAUUGCUUCUACUGUCUCUGCUCAGGAGGAUGAAGAUAUUGAAGCCUCCAAUGAAGAAGAAAAUCCAGAAGACAGCGAAGGUGCUGAAAAUAGCUCUGAUACGGAGAGUGCACCUUCUCCCUCCCCAGAUGAAGGUGCCAAGCCAGGUGAGGACCCUCCUGAAAAUGCCACAUCUGGGUUAGCCAGUGAGGCUCCGGUAGAACUGGAAUCCACUACAGGUGGCCCCAGUGCAUCACCUGCAUCUGUCAUUCCAAGUGCAAAGCCAGGAGCGGGACAGGAAGCUGUGGAAGCUCAAGUAAAGGAGGAAGUCAAUGGAGACUCAGAGGAGCCCAUGGACAUUGAGAGUGAAAGCCUCUCUGCUGAAGCUCAGCCCCUUGUUGGUUUCUCUGGGCAAACCAAAGCAGAACCUGGUGAUACAGAGAUGAGGCUGCCAGAAAGUGUUCAGGUGAAAGCAGAGAGUGAUGCCAAAGAAAGGGACUCAGAAAGACCCAAGGAAAAGCCUGAGCCGGAGGACGUGAACUUUGCCCUAGCUCAGACUUCCAGUGCCCUGAGGCCUGAGUCUCGAUCUGACAAUGAUUCCAGUGCUACCUGUAGUGCCGAUGAAGAUGUGGAUGGAGAACCUCCUGAGAGGCAAAGAAUGUUUCCUAUGGAUUCCAAGCCUUCACUGUUAAACCCUGCUGGAUCUGUAUUAGUCUCUUCUCCCAUAAAACCAGCUACAAUGGACCUCCAACAGCUUCAUCAUCGAGCUGCUGUCAUCCCACCAAUGGUCUCCUGCGCCCCCUGUAGCGUACCGGUUGGCGCCCCUGUGAGCGGCUAUGCUCUUUUUCAGAGGCACAUUAAAGCCAUGCAUGAAUCAGCCCUUCUGGAGGAGCGGCAGAGACAAGAACAGCUUGAUCCAGAGUGUCGACGUUCUGCGAGUCCAAACGUUGAAUGGGAAGGAAAAUCAGUCGCCUUUCUGCCUCAUGCUGAGGUCAAACGUGCAAUAGAACAGGAAGCACAGAUGCAAAACCCCGCAGCAAGGUCAGCCUCACCGCAUAGGCUCUCUCCAAGAGAAGGCAGUAAAGCGUCUCCACAGCCCGAUAGGAGUGCCACCCGCUAUAGUGUCCCGCCAGUCCUCCAGCCUGCUCCCCAUCAAGUGAUAACAAGUCUCCCUGAUGCAGCGAGGCUUCCAACGACCCGACCCACCAGGCCGCCUCCUCCACUCAUUCCUUCUUCCAAAACCACUGUGGCCACUGAAAAACCAUCAUUCAUUAUGGGAGGAUCAAUCUCACAGGGAACUCCUGGUACCUAUCUAACCUCUCAUUGCCAACCUUCCUACACCCCAGAGCCAGCCAAGCCUUCAGUUGGGUCAAUAUCUCUUGGAUUGCCACGGCAGCAGGAAUCAACCAAGCCUGCUGCCUCCAUGCCCUACAUCAAGCAGGAGGAAUUCUCACCCCGAGGUCAAACCUCCCAGCCUGAGGGCUUAUUGGUCAGGGCCCAGCAUGAAGGUGUUGUCAGAGGUACUACAGCAGCAAUUCAAGAAGGAAGUAUCACUCGAGGAACCCCAGCUGGCAAAGUUCCUGUUGAAAACAUCCCUUCCCUUCGGGGCUCUAUAACUCAGGGUACUCCAGCUCUAUCCCAGCCUGGCAUGCAAACAGAAACAGUGGUGAAGGGAGCGAUCGCUAGACUCUCUGUGGAAGAAAACAGCCCUGAGAAGAGCCGAGAUGAAGCUGUGUCCAAAGGCCAUGUGAUUUAUGAAGGGAAGAGCGGACACGUCUUGUCCUAUGAUAAUAUGAAGAAUACUCGAGAGGGAACCAGGAGUCCAAGAGCUGCUCAUGAAAUCAGUUUAAAGAGAAGCUAUGAUGCCAUGGAAGGAAAUAUCAAACAAGGGAUAUCAUUGAGAGAGUCUCCUGUGUCAGCCCCUCUGGAAGGGUUGAUAUGCCGUGCACUGCCCAGGGGGAGCCCUCAUUCUGAUCUUAAAGAGAGAACAGUGCUAUCUGGCUCAAUAAUGCAAGGCACACCAAGAGCCACAACAGAAAGCUUUGAAGAAGGCCUUAAAUAUCCCAAACAGAUUAAAAGAGAGAGUCCUCCCAUCCGAGCAUUUGAAGGAGCUAUUACAAAAGGAAAACCAUACGAUGGAGUCACCACCAUCAAGGAAAUGGGACGUUCAAUUCAUGAAAUUCCAAGGCAAGAUCUUUUAAGUCAGGAAAGCCGAAAAACUCCAGAAGUAAUCCAGAGUACAAGACCCAUAAUUGAAGGUUCCAUUUCUCAGGGCACACCCAUAAAGUAUGAAAGCAGCUCUAGUCAAUCUGCCAUUAAACAUAACGUCAAGUCCCUAAUCACAGGCCCUAGUAAGCUCCCUCGUGGAUUAUCUCAGUUGGAAAUGGUUCCAGAGAACAUCAAGGUGGUCGAACGAGGAAAAUAUGAAGAUGUCAAAGCAGGAGAAGCAAUCCGUUCCCGGCAUACGUCAGUUGUUAGCUCUGGGCCCUCUGUUCUAAGGUCAACCCUUCAUGAACCUCCCAAAGCACAACUGAGUCCUGGGAUUUAUGAGGACGCCAGUGCAAGGAGAACACCUGUGAAUUACCAGAGCACAAUGUCCAGAGGGUCCCCCAUGAUGAACAGGACUUCUGAUGCUGCUGUUUCUUCUGGGAAGUCUACAAAUCAUGAAAGGAAAUCUACACUUACUCCUACCCAAAGAGAAAGUGUACCUUUACCCUCUAAGUCUCCAGUCCCAGGAGUGGACCCUGCUGUCACCCACAGCCCCUUUGAGCCCCACCACAGAGGCAGCGCAGCAGGGGAGGUCUAUCGAAGCCAUCUUCCUGCACACCUGGAUCCCGCAAUGCCAUUUCACAGGGCACUGGACCCUGCUGCUGCUGCAUACCUGUUCCAGAGACAGCUUUCCCCAACACCAGGUUACCCAAGUCAGUAUCAGCUUUAUGCGAUGGAAAACACGAGGCAGACAAUUCUGAAUGAUUAUAUUACCUCACAACAGAUGCAAGUUAACUUGCGCCCUGAUGUAGCCAGAGGACUGUCCCCCAGAGAGCAGCAAUUAGGUCUCCCAUAUCCUGCAACCAGAGGAAUCAUUGAUUUGACCAAUAUGCCUCCCACCAUCUUGGUGCCUCACCCUGGGGGUACAAGCACUCCUCCAAUGGAGAGAAUCACUUACAUACCAGGUACCCAGCUGACCUUCCCUCCCAGACCUUACAAUCCUGCCUCAAUGUCUCCAGGCCACCCUUCACACCUGGCUGCAUCUGCUGCCGCAAAUGUUGAGAGGGAACGUGAGCGAGAAAGGGAGAGAGAGAAGGAACGUGAGCGGGAGAGGGAGAGGGAACGGGAAAGAGAGCGAAUUGCUGCUGUCUCUUCAGAGCUCUACCUUCGUCCAGGUUCUGAGCAGCCUGGACGGCCUGGCAGCCACGGUUAUGUCCGCUCCCCUUCCCCCUCAGUGAGGACACAAGAGAAUCUUCUGCAGCAAAGAUCCACUAUUUUCCAGGGACCCAAUGGAACCAGCGUCAUCACCCCCUUGGAUCCUGCCGCGCAGCUGCGCAUCAUGCAGCUGCCCCCUGGCGGGCCUUCCCUAACUCCAGGCUUGCCUGCCUCUCGCUACAACACUGCAGCCGAUGCCUUGGCUGCUCUGGUGGAUGCUGCUGCUUCAGCCCCUCAGAUGGAAGUGACCAAAGCAAAGGAAAGUAAGCAUGAAGCGUCCAGGCUUGAGGAGAACGUGAGGGGCAGGUCGGCAAUGUCUAGUGAGCAGCAGCAGCAGCAACUGGAGCAGAAAGCCCUGGAGGUGGACAAGAGGGCUGCCCAGUGCCCGUAUACCUCCUCAGCUUUCCCAAGCGGCAAGCCGCAGGGCCAGUCAUCUUCUAUCGUUUAUUCUGAGGCUGGGAAAGAGAAAGCCCCUCCUCCUAAAUCUCGGUAUGAGGAGGAGUUAAGGACCCUAGGGAAGACCACGAUCACUGCAGCAAACUUCAUCGAUGUCAUCAUCACCAGGCAGAUUGCCUCAGACAAGGAUGCACGGGAACGUGGCUCUCAAAGCUCUGACUCUUCAAGUAGUUUGUCAUCUCAUCGAUAUGAACCACCAGGAGAUGCUAUUGAGGUGAUAAGCCCUGCCAGCUCACCAGCACCACCCCAAGAAAAACUGCAGCCCUACCCGCAGGAGGCUGCUAAGACGAACGCUGCAGAAAGUGAUCCCAGUAGACAAUAUGAUGGAUCGCUGCCUCGAUAUCGACCCCAACAAGACCCCCCAUCCCCGCAGCAGCAGCUGCCCCCACCACCACCUUCUUCUCAAGCAGAAGGAAUGGGACAGGUUCCUCGCACCCAUCGUCUCAUCACACUUGCUGACCAUAUCUGUCAAAUUAUUACACAAGAUUUUGCUAGAAACCAAGUUGCCUCGCAGGCUUCCCAGCAGCCUCCCACUUCUACAUUCCAGAAUUCAGCAUCUCCUUUAGCAUCUACUCCUGGGAGGGCAAAAACAUCGAGCCGUUACAGUCCAGAAUCCCAGCCUCAAGCUGUUCUUCAUCCACGGCCCGGCUCCAGGGUGUCUCCUGAAAAUCUUUCCGAUAAAUCCAGGGCAAGGCCUGGAAAAUCUCCAGAAAGAAGUCAUGUCUCCUCAGAACCCUACGAGCCAAUCUCCCCACCUCAGGUUCCAGUCAUCCAUGAGAAGCAGGACAACAUCCUGCUCCUGUCUCAGAGCGCAGUGCCCGCGGAGCAGAGGAAUGAUUCCCGCUCUCCAGGAAGCAUAAGCUACCUGCCUUCCUUCUUCACCAAGCUGGAAAACACUUCACCCAUGGUGAAAUCAAAGAAGCAGGAGAUUUUUCGUAAGUUGAACUCCUCUGGUGGAGGUGACUCUGACAUGGCAGCUGCUCAGCCAGGAACUGAAAUCUUUAAUCUGCCAGCAGUCACUACCUCAGGCUCCAUCAGUGCUAGAGGUCAUAAUUUUGCGGAUCCUGCCAGUAAUCUGGGUCUAGAAGACAUAAUAAGGAAGGCUCUCAUGGGAAACUUUGAUGACAAAGGAGAAGAUCAUGGAGUUGUCUUGACAGCACCUAUGGGAGUAGUAGCAGGAGGUUCAAACCCACCCAUGUUGGGCAAUAGUGAAACACGCAGAGAGGAAACAAACCCGUCACCUAAUUCUGGCGGGGGAGUUGGCAAACCGAAGCUAAUUGGCAAGUCAAAUAGUAGGAAAUCUAAGUCUCCUAUUCCUGGGCAAGGCUACUUAGGAACUGAAAGACCUUCUUCAGUGUCAUCUGUCCAUUCAGAAGGAGACUAUCACAGGCAGACACCUGUGUGGGCCUGGGAAGAUCGGCCCUCUUCCACAGGGAGGAGGAUCGUGGAAGAUUAUGAACAGUAUCGCCUCAUAAGACAGUGAGAAGUGGAGAGAAAGUCAAGGUUAAAAGAAGCACGGAGAAAGACCUGACUGAGCAGUCAUCCUGAAGACAUGGAAUGAUGGGAUUGGGAGGAAAACAGAAAUGGAAGCUAUUUGUAAAGACUUGAUCACAAACUCUUUUCGUCAUGAAGGCCAAUGGGGCCACCACCUUUGGCCUAGCAUCCUAGUCUCUGAUGUGUCCUGCAUGAGGAAGCAGAAAUGGCACUCAAAGAACACAAAGCUGGACCAACCCAAGGGUACACAGAGGAGGUCCAUGCUGGAGGCACCUCACUUCACAGGUAUAUGUAAGAGGGAAGGGAUAUCAAAGGCGCAGAAAGAAUUCAGACUUUGUAACCAAAAAGGGGACUGGAGCCCAACUUUCCUGUCUGUGCACAGUGUUUAUGAUGAUCUGUACAUAUAUUGAGGGCACCUCUGGAGGUAUGAGAAGGGAGCAGGCUGGCUUUCACAAAUGGGUGCUACUUAGUCUCAGUCACACAGUGGAUUGAAAGGGGCAGAGUGUACAGGAUCCUACCUUGCUUCCUGUUUGUUGGCUGCUAAAAAAAAAACCGUGAUUCAGUAGGGACAAAAUACCACCUUCAAGGCCUUCCUCCAGCAAAAUGUUUCUCCCAUACAUGUCAGGCAUACAAGAUUCCUUGAAAGAGCGUAUUUUUUUGUUCAAAAAUACCUGAUUUGUUAACAUCAAGCAAAGAAAAUAAAAAAACAGGAAGAUAUGCUUAUAAGUGACAGGUAAGUCCAGUGCAGACCCUAAUCAAUCAACAAACAUUUAAGUGAUUACUAUUUACCAGGCACUGUGUUUAGGUGCUGGUGGUAUGACUACUCAAAGAACUUAGAUUCCACUGAAUGGAAACUCUUUGUAUGCAGGUGAGUAAAAACACUCAUGAAAGAGGGAAUUAGAGAAGGGUGACAGAGGUGGCCCUUAAGCUGCCCCCUAAGCUCAGAGAGCAGAGCCCCGGAGUCUGGGCCCUGCUUGUGUGAAGGCUGUGUCUGGAGAAGAGCAAGGAGGCCAGUUUGACCGUAGGGGCUCUAUAGAAGUACAUAAGCAGACCGGCACCAGAGAGAAGGCUUUGUAUUUUGUCCUUAAGGCACAAGUCAGCUGCUGGUGCAGAGGAGUCACAUAGACUAAAUUAAAGAGGGUGAGGUUCUCCAGAUAUGUGUUUGUGGUUGACAUACUGAUUGCAAAAAGUCCCAGAGUACUGCAGAACAUCUUAGGCCAGAUCAUAAUCACUCCAAAGAAUUCAGCCUAACUCUUCAUACAGGAAAGCCAAGUGGGUGAAGUAUGUCUGCUGUGUGGUAGGGAACAGGCAGUCGGCUUGGCCCUCCAUAGAAUGUCCUACCUCUGUCUUGGACAGAUAAUGCUUAUGAACAGUGAGUUGGGCUCAGGUUAGAACAGAGGGAAAGAGUGGGCUAACUGGACUUUAGGAAAUUGUUUAGUGCUUUUAUUGACCUCACACUCCUUCCUGAAACAAAGCCCCGUGUUUUAACCUUCCAGUAUUCUUCCAGUAAUGAUGUCUGGCUGCAGUUCAUGAGAUAUCACGCUCUCCAAAGGACUGUGAGAGGAUGACCCAAAGGGCAGCACUAAGGCUGCAUGACCGGAGGGCUCGAUCACGUAGGGAAAGCCAGGGAGAACCAGGGCACAGCCACUGUGUUGCAUUGCUACCCACGUAGUGUCAAGAUAGAAGAAGUCUCUCAGCCUCUCGAGAGGUACCGCUGAGACACAUGCAGGAGCACAGAGAUGGAAAUCACACACCAUGCACAUGGAUGUGUUGGGACCUGCACUGCUGGAAGAGGUGCCUCCCGAAAGAGAUGGUCAGUCCAUCACAUUAUAUAUUUAGUGAGGUUUGGAAGUUGAGAUAAAAAGAUCAGAGAACGGGGAAGGGUGCGAGGAGGUUUUCUCUUUCAGCCCAAAGCCUCCAAGCAGGUCAAUUAAAAAAAAAUUCUCCUAUUUUAACAUCAACUUCCUUUCCUGUUCCCUCGCCUCAAGAUCCAUUCAUUUUAACAGAAUAAAUAAGGAGGAAAAUUAUUCAGCAAAAUUAAUCACCGUGUUGGUGAAAUCCAAUGGUAUAUAUGCAGUGUUCCAUGUCCAUGGUCCCGCAUCUUUGCAAAGAAGGCAGGUUCAUUCUUAUAUCUGUUUCAGAGUCAAAUUUAGUCAUAAUUAAAGAAUAUUCAAUUUUAAUUUAUUUUUGUUUAUAUUCUUGUAGUCUUUUUAUAUAUGAUUUUCUGGGUUCUACAGAACUUAGUUCCUUAAACUACCUUCUCAAAAAAAUGCUGUUUCAGCUUUAUGGCACAAGUCAUGUUCUUGUAUGUAUGGUAGGUCUAGAAAGAGAAUUCUGUUUGACCUCUUAGCCUACAUUUCAGUGGCAAUAUAAAAUUAAUAGUGAUCAUAAAUUAGUUUUAGAAUUAACUGAGGUCUCUUUAGUGGGAAAUGGAGCCAUCCAAUGGGACAUCCUCUGUUACCCACACUUGAUUCAUGAAUUAUAUAACUAUCUUAUUGUGGUGACUUAGUUCUUCAGCCAAUAUUCCUUGUAGCACAGAAGGGGAAGAACCUUGAACUCGGGGUCUUGAAGAGCUGGGUUUUGAAUUACUGUGUGAUAAUGGGCAAGUCACAAAUAUUUUUUGUCCUCACUACCUCACAAGGUUGUGGUGAAGAAAGUGCUUUGUAAAGCUUAAAGCGCUAUCCAGGGGUGAUUUCUUACUCAUCAUUCCAAAAUUCUUACAAUUAUCAAUAUCAGCUAAAGAUUUCAAAAUAAUACAUCAGCUAAAGAGGCUGCAAAAAAUUAGUCUGAUUAAAUCUAGCUCAGAGCUAGCAAUUGAGAAUUGUGUUCUUGGUGGAGAUGGCAGGGGCGAGAGUUGCUGAGGGAUUUAUGGGAAAUGGUCAUAGAUCCCAGCGUGACUUGAGGAUCCCCAUGCCCUGCUCCCUCACAAGCCUGUAACCUGUUCUUCCUCCGCUCCUGUCCCAGAGCAGCUACUUUAUUUGCCCCUGAACCUUCGGCCCCUUCCCUCGAAUUAUGGACUUCAGAAAUCUCCUAAGCACUAUUCUUCUGGUAAUAAUGUGCCAUAAAGCCAUUCUUCAGUUUUCUUUUUUCAUACUCAAUAAAAGAGAUUUAAAUAUUU